UAAUUUUUUGCCAACCUCCCCAGGUCCAUCGUCAUACACAACUAGAGUUAACGCGACGAGAUGUUUUUGUGAACAAGAAAAUGGAAAAAGAAAACAGAGAUAGCAGAUUCCCAGAUUCUGAUGAGGAUUUUGAAGUCUUAGAUAUAGAAAUGGAUGCAACCAUGAACCUAGGAGGAAUGUACGAAGAUGAUGAUGGACCAUUCCAUUCUAUAGACAUGGAAAUCCAUGAUAACCUCAAUCUCAGUCGUUACUCUACAACACCACCUGUGAACCAUCGAGAACAGAAACGUUAUGGUAAACAAGAAAACAAAACACCUAAAGUUGUUCAUGCUGGUGGUAAGCAUAGUACCUCUAGAGCACAAAUGGGCACGGUAACAGAAAGUAAUUUUUCACCAGUGGUGAGGAGAAAUUCUCAAGAAGCAAUGACCGAAGAUGCCAAAGAGGCAUUAAAAAAGAAGAAACGGGAUAUAAAAAAGGAACGCAACCACCAACGUGAAGAAAAAAUCUCAAUCAGGCAUAACAAAAAUUGCAUCAUUACUCCAUCUCAUUCUCAGGAAGUGAUGAGUAUCAAUAAUAGAACGAGUUAUUCAAGCAAUCGCUACCAGAGUUUGACCUACUUACAAGUCAGCCCACCAAUUUCACCUAAUACCACUACAAAAAAAAGACAGAGCUCCAUUGGUAAUCAAUUGGUUGAAUGUCCAAAAGACAGAUUAGAUUUUCAUAGAACUUUUUCCUAUGUCAUCAAAAUGGGAGCGAGUAAUUCAAAGAAAGAAAAAAGCCAUGAUAUCACCCGGCUUAAGGUUCAGAGACAGAACAGUCAACAGCAGGAGUUCUACCAAACUCAGACAGCGGAAUUGAUCUGGCUGGCUUUACAGGCUUGGCAAAAUUGCGUUGAAAUGGAACAACAGGAUAAACUGCUUAUGACUGCACGUUCAAAAGCUAAGGAAAUUGUUGACAGAAUAUUGAAAUUCAGUUUUGAACCUAUAGGAACCGGUAUACAGAGAAGUAAGUCACUGCAGAAUUCUACCACUCCAAUUUUGUUUGAAAAAGAUUUUGAUGAUGAGGAAAAUUCUUCUAGCAAUUCAUCUCACAUUCCUCAUAGCCUAUCAGAUUCUCAUAUUGACCAAUCAAGGGAACAGACAGUGUUCUCUGAGGCAUGCGAGCCAAAGACAAGUAUUUUACGAAGAUCUUCUCUUGCGUUUGGCUAUGAGGUCACAGCUCUGAUGAAGAUGAUCCAACUAGCGCAUAAACAGAUUGGCCCACUUCUGUGUGAUCUGGAAAAUGUUCAGAAACUUUAUAUCUCAUCGAAAGCCCUUGAAAAAGAUAUACCUGAGUUCACUUCAGAAGCAUUUAUCAGACAGGUUAACACACUCAAUCUGUGGAUAAACAUCACUAUCGAUAUUUCGCAUAAAUUAAAACUCCUUGGCUCCCAUCUUGGAGUUUAUGAUUCUGGUAACUGGCCAGGAAUUGAAUAUGAUGGACGUUACUCCAUUACCAACAAUUCUAGUAUCAUUAAACCAUAUGCGAAAAAAUCAGGUCGUCUCAGCUUACCAAGUGUUCGGGAAGACUCAUUAGAUUCCCAUGACCAUGAACCUCAAGUGGGAGAUAACUCUUCUACCUAUUCACCCAUUUCUAAACCUGUUGCCAUGCCUCCUGUGCCUGUUGCUACACCUUCACCUGUUGCCACGCCUACUACACCUGUUGCCACGCCUACUACACCUGUUGCUACAUCUACACCCGCUACCACGCCGACCACACCUAAGCCAGGUCGAUUUUCACCAAUGACGCGUAUAUUUAGUUCAUGUCACUUCAGUUUUGAUGAGGAAAACUCUACUUGGAUGUACAGACCUUACGUUGACAGUGGUUUAAAACACAAGGGCCUAGAGAAGACAAUGAUUGCCCUGCAGUCCAUCAUAGGUCCAACAUUAACACGUGCCAAGAUGGCAAUGGAAAGAGUAUCAGUUACGGGAGAAUCCACUGACUUAACAAAGGGAGAUGAAUUUCCUAGUCAUCCAUGUCUAGAUACAAGUUCAGCUAACAUCAGUGAUGUACAUACCAGUUGCUUUAUCAAGCAUGGUUGUCAUAGUGAAGAAUUCAAAGCCAUGAAUCUUCCGUCUUUCAGGCAUGCAUAUGUGUUUCUGCUCCGUGUUUUACUUGAUGUUAUGCAUGAAUGUUUACAUUUUCGGCUUGCUCAGAAGCCAGCAGCAGAGGCCGAGCCGUCCAUUCACAGCAUCAAUCAGCUUAUCCAUGAAUGUAAGGAAGUGAUUCGUUGGGCAGUGUGGAUUAAGGAGUAUUAUCAUAGGAUGGUGCAAGCAGUUGUCAAUGACAGCCAAGAUGUAGACACAGACAUUGAAGAGUAUGAAGAAAAUUUAAAGAACAUGCUAGAUGUUUAUUUUGAAUACAUUCAUAUUUGGAUGUCAAUGCUUCAACGAUCGCCUCGUGCUUCAGCAAGUUUAAAGAACAUACUUGAAGAGGAGUGGGCUUUCUCAAAAGAGUUCUGUCCUCACAUCAGAAGUGGAGAAUCGAAGGCUGGCAAAAGAUUCUGCAUCAUGGCAAGCAACUUACUUGAAUCUACUAGAGAAUACCUUGAAGCCGAGACAGAUGACAUCUGCUCUGGGUUGCAGGAUAGCACAUUAUAUCCAGAGAACAUCAUACAAAGUACGAGAGAUUCCAGCAGAGGCAUAAAGCAGCUGUUUUAUGAGGCAAGAGAGAGGGCAUCCAGGGCUCUAAGCUUCGCUAAGAUGCUUCGAAAAGAUUUAGAGAUCGCAGCUGAGUUCCAUUUGUCUGUGUCUACUAAAACGUUGCUCAAGGAUUUAUGUUCUUCAAAUCAUGUCAGGGUACUGCUAGACAGUCCUGGUCACAUGCUUUUUGUUCCGCAACAUGUCGAAGGCAAAAUCCAACAGAUACGCCAGUUGUUGAGCGAUCUCUGUGGACGCGAAGAUUUCAUUCAGUCAAGCCCGUCCAGCGAAGACGGUUAUUUAUUAUUGGUGAAGACUGAUGACACGGAUUGGUGGCCGGGAAAGUGCAUUGAUGUUACUCUCAACGUUGAGAGGACCAUCGCUCUAGUAGACAUACAGGUUGAGAAUCUGCUGUUGGUAGUAAAUCAUUCUUCUCAGCUAUCCAGUCAACGCAAAGCAUUUGAGAAGGCUGUUGGAAGCGAUGUUGCCUUGGUGAUAGAAACCACAUCCAGUCACAACACAAUAGCAGAUGCCCUAUCAGAACUUAAGACUAUUGCCUUGACCCAUGGUGAGACAUUGACCUCGAACAUCUAUAAGAUACGCGAGAAUCUCGACAUUGAUGCCAUGCACGAUAUUCAUCAAACCGAAAAACUUGGCUUAUACUUCCGGGAAACCAUGCACAAAUGUUUUGCUGUUGGAUUUGAGUAUCAUAAAGAAGUAGCUCGUCUUCUGUCGGGAGAACUCCGCCAACGUCUUGGAAAGACCUCUCUCGCAUUUGCUAUAUCGUGGAUGAAAUUUGUGGUAGAUAAAUGUGAAAAAGGCAAGGGCAGAAAACCAAGGAUUUAAAAAAACUAAUGAACCAGUGUAUACAUCAUGUAAUUGGAGCACCUCCAAUAAGUUCUUGUCCAGCGAGUCCAGCUCCUAUUCAUCGCCCAUCAAGUCCAACGCCUGAGUCUAUAGGUAUGACUAAGCCAGGACUUCGUAGCAUCCAUUCUACUCCAGGCUCCCCAGUACCCAGUGACUUUCAACGUAAUAACAAUGAUUUGUUCAGGCCUGUAUAUAGCCCUUCCGAAGAGAGACUGGAACCGAAUUUCAAGCCAGUAGAGAAACGAUCCAGCCCAAUUUCAUUCAGUGAUAAAUUACCACACCCACGUAUCGUACAAAUGCGCAAGUCCCUUAAGACGUUAGAGGAAAAAAGAAUGAAGAAGCUGCAAGAUGAUGGGGUCAUAGGUCAUGUCAGUAAUCAUUCAACCAAUAACAACGCAGUGUUCAAUUGCCGUAAGGUCAAGUUCAGGUGGCAGAGAGGCUUCAAGAUAGGUGAAGGCCAGCAGGGAACAACAGUUUAUUCUUGUAUAAACAUGGAUACUGGUGAAACGCUCGCUGUGAAAGAGAUUCGGCUGCAGCGUUUUGAUGACCACAGUGCCCUGCGAGACCUUGCUGACGAGAUCAAGAUUUUUGAAAGUAUUAUCCAUCCGAAUUUAGUAAAAUAUUAUGGUGUUGAAAUUCACAGGGAGGAGUUGUUAAUUUUCAUGGAGUAUUGUGACGAUGGAACACUAGGUGAAGCGGCCGAGGACUGCCUGCCGGAGGACAUGAUUCGGCAUUACAUGUACGAGAUCGUCACGGCAGUCAGUGUACUACACGAGAAUGGCAUUAUCCAUAGAGACAUUAAAGGUGCAAAUAUUUUCCUGUCCUCGGAUGGUCAUCUGAAGUUGGGUGAUUUUGGUAGCGCCAUCAAGUUAAGCUCCCGCCAGACUUUACCAGGGGAAAUCUCGGAAUACCUUGGUACGCCUGCAUACAUGGCACCUGAGGUGAUCAAGCAGAGCGAGAAGAAGGAAGGAUAUGGACGUGCCUCGGAUAUCUGGAGCAUUGGGUGUGUGCUAAUUGAAAUGCUUACAGGAAAGCGCCCAUGGCAUGAGUACCGACAUGAGUACAGCAUUGUGUACAAAGUGGGUGAUGGAGCGAUUCCCAAGAUUCCUGAAGCCGCUAGUGAAGAGGCCAAAGAUUUCCUACACCAUUGCUUGCAGCAUAAUCCUGAGGAUAGGUGGACUGCCAACAGGCUUCUUGAACACCCGUUUAUCAAGGUGAGCUAGAUCUCCUGUCGACAGAUGUGUUAGCUAUACAGGUAAAAAAAAAAUUACAGACGUCAGUCUUUGCAGGGUAACAAAACAACUCUAUGACAAGUUUGUUAAAGAAGAGGUGGUGUGAGAUUGGAAAGCUAUCUGUAUUCAGUGUUUCGCUGCCAGGGAUGUGCUUUUACGUCUGACAAGGUUCACUUUGGGCUUCAAAGAUACGUCAAAAAUAGGGAGCUUUGGAUUGCAUGACAGUAGGACGGUAAGCGUCAUCUGCGCAUGCGUGAAUGUUAAGGCCACCUCGUUGAGUAGAUUCUGGAACGCAAUUUGGUCAAAUCUACGUAUGCAGAGAACGUAGGAUGCCAGGUAGGACGGUCACACAUGAGUGAUUCCAUUCUAGCGUUGCAUCGUCGCACAAAUCGAAAGCUCCCUAAUACCACUAUUGUAUUAAUAAUAUAUAAUAAUAUCUCGAAUUUGUAUGGCGCCAAUUCCAAACAAGAUCAAAGGCGCAACACAUGUGAAAAGCCAUCGGAAAACAAAUAGGUUUUAAGUGGUGACUUAAAGUUGCAAAUAGAGUAGGAGGAAGUUAUGUAAUUUAGGCUUAAUGACAGAGGUCGAAAAUGUUAACUCUCGCCCUGGACAUUCAGGGAACAGUGAUCUAAAAAUAGAUACUGUUUUGUUUAUUUUUCAUUACACUAGACUACAGUUGAUGGAAAUGAUUUUCAUAUGAUGGCCUUUGUAUUUAUACAUGAUGAAACUAAAAAAAACGGCUUGGCAGUCGAUGUGUUAACUGGCUAUACUGUUAUAAUGGUCUUUAAUUAAAGAUUAUUACUAUAACAUGAUCUAAUCAGUUAGCUGGCUGUAUAUGUUUAGCCUACUUUAGUGGAGGAUAUUAUUCACAAGCCAGUGGCAUAUAUAAAUAGUAAGGGGGCCGACCCAAGUACCCCACCAAAAACUUGCUGAAUAAAAAAAAUAUAUUCAAGUAGUUAAAAAUCAUCUCAUAUACCAUUGUGUCCCAGUUAGCCCCACCCCAUAUCGAUAACUGAUGAGGAUAAAUAAAAUUAAGAUACCUAUGCUAUUUCAAAAUGUGUUACUCAUCGCAGAAUAGAUAACUCUAUUAUUUUUCAUAAUUCAUAACAGGCAUACAUGUGAAUGUGUGUGAACUAAACAUCCAGUAAUUUAAACAAUAAUGAAAAGGGCAUUAGUAAUUAAACAAAAAUUGCUAUCAUUAUCUUUUUUUUUUAUACUUAUUGAGCUAUUAUUUAUUUAUUUAAUAUUUUUUACCUCAUCUGUACAAUAAUAGAUAUGAGAUGGUACUGCUGAGUUUGCCUGAUAUUUAAUAAUAAAUAGUUAUAGAUAAGAUUCUUAUACCAAUGGUCUUACAAUACCGUCAUUGUAUGAUAAAACUGGCAUCGGGAGUGCAGUAAUUCUGCUUCGCAGCAAAACCAGAUACAAGUUAAGGCCCCAUUCCCGGCAAAAUUUCACCAAAAUGAGAUUUUUUUUUUAAGGAAAAAUGCAUAUGCUUUACUUCAAUUAUUAUAAACCAUGGAAAACU